AUGCCGGUGAAGGCGGAGAGCCCGGCGCCCGCGACGGACGACGAGCUGCUGCUGCUGCGCCUCGCCUCGCCCGCCCCCUCGGCCUCGCUGCCGUCCAGCGCCGGCGAGGAGGAGGAGGACGAGGAGGACGGGCGGCCGCGGCGGCUGCAGGAGGGCGCGCGGCGGGCGGGGAGGCAGCGAGGGCCUCCGCGGGCAGCGCGCACGGCGGAGACGGCGCAGCGCAUCAAGCGGAGCCGGCGGCUGAAGGCCAACAACCGCGAGCGCAACCGCAUGCACAACCUGAACGCGGCGCUGGACGCGCUGCGCGACGUGCUGCCCACCUUCCCCGAGGACGCCAAGCUCACCAAGAUCGAGACGCUGCGCUUCGCCCACAACUACAUCUGGGCGCUCACCGAGACCCUGCGCCUGGCCGGGGCCGCCCGCCUGGGGGGAGCCGCCGAGAACGCGCCCGGGGCGGCCGCCGACGGCAGCCCGUCGCCCGCCUCGUCGUGGAGCGGCGGCGCCAGCCCCGCGCCCUCCGCCUCGCCCUACGCCUGCACUUUAUCGCCCGGCAGCCCCGCCGGCUCCGCCUCGGACGCCGAGCACUGGCCGCCCCCGCGGGGCCGCUUCGCCCCUCCGCCGCCGCCCCACCGCUGCCUCUAA